AUGGGAAAGAGAUCGGAAAUUUCUAUCAAUAAUGAAUGUCAAAUUGAUCUAUUCAGUGCACUGUGGUUGGAACUAAAAUGUGGGUGGAGAAGUGGAGAAUUUACCGAGAAAAAAAUUCCUAUAAAACCUCCAUACCCAAAACCUAACCAUGCAAAUAAACAAAACCAGCUUUUAAGACAAACUAAGUUUCAAUUGAAACCGCUAGAGUUCUCUCAUGUUGCGGACUAUGAAAGUCUUUAUGACGAUAUGAUCAAUGGCGCUGACGAAUACGCAACACAUAAUGUUGAUGAUUUUUCUAUUAUUUUACAAUUACCACUUGUGAUUUACAAACAAACUAAAUCAAAGCAAUUGCUAGGAAUAUCAAACGAGCUAAAUACAGUCAACAAUCGUAGAAGCUUCUCUUCAAAUCCUAAUUAUCUUCUAGUGAAGGUCAUUGAAGCCUGGGUCGAAACAAACAAAACAAAGGAAGAAGAAGAAAAAAAUUCAAUGAAAGAAGAAAAAAAAAGAGUAAAAAGUCAAAAUUGUUAUGAAGAAUUUUCAUUUGGACUGUCUUGA